AUGUCUGGCACUGACCCCCAACAGUCGGAGCUCCACGAUGAGCAACCCCCUAGAUAUUCCAUGCUAGAGGAGGCCGGAUGGUCUCAAGAGGGCCCACAUGUUCAAGAGGACGGUCGUAUCAGAGUGGAUCUUGACUCCAAGAUUUGCAGAACCCUCACAAAGCUCAUUCCCACGCCGCGCGAGGAACCCGAGCUCCCUCCUCCCCCAGUAUAUCCGGGGAAUGAAAUCUGCAACAUCCACCUGAACAUCGUCAUCCAAGUCGUCGGUAGCCGAGGCGAUGUCCAGCCCUUUAUCGCCUUGGGCAAUGAGCUCCAAUUACACGGCCAUCGCGUACGUCUCGCCACGCACAACACAUUCGAAUCAUUCGUUCUCAAGUCAGGCUUGGAAUUCUUCCCCAUUGGUGGAGACCCAUCCGAAUUAAUGGCGUAUAUGGUCAAGAACCCCGGCUUGAUACCUCAAAUGAAGAGUCUACGGGAUGGGGAGAUCCAAAAAAAGAGAGCAAUGGUGGCGGAGAUGUUGACUGGAUGCUGGGAAUCAUGCAUUGGUGAUGAUCCUAAAUCAGGAGCACCUUUUGUUGCAGAUGCCAUUAUCGCCAAUCCGCCCAGCUUUGCACAUGUCCAUUGCGCUCAGGCUCUUUCCAUCCCUGUGCAUAUGAUGUUUACUAUGCCUUGGAGCAGUACGAGGGCGUUUCCACACCCCUUGGCGAACUUGAAGUAUUCGAAUACGGAACCGAAGAUUGCGAACUUCGUUUCGUAUGGUAUUGUUGAAUGGAUGACCUGGCAAGGUCUCGGCGACGUGAUCAACGACUGGAGAGCUACUCUUGACUUGGAGCCUGUUCCAGCCACCGAAGGUCCAUCAUUAUGCGAUACUCUCAAAGUACCCUUCACAUACUGCUGGUCUCCAUCACUAAUGCCCAAGCCCAUUGAAUGGCCUGCUCAUAUCGAUGUGUGUGGAUUUUUCUUCCGCUCGCUCCCAGACUAUACUCCGCCCCGCGAUCUGGAUGCGUUUCUCCGGAAUGGAAGCCCACCGGUAUAUAUCGGAUUCGGCAGUAUUGUCAUUGAAGAUGCUGCAAACAUGACGAAGUUGAUACUCCAGGCCGUCAGAACCCUGGGAAUUCGCGCCAUCAUUUCCCGUGGCUGGAGUAAGCUAGGCGAAGAGUCUUCCGAUGACCAAGUAUUCUAUCUCGACGAUUGUCCCCACGAGUGGCUUUUCCAACACGUCUCAGCCGUCGUUCAUCACGGUGGUGCAGGGACCACGGCAUGCGGGUUACGAUUUGGAAAAGCUACGACUAUUGUGCCGUUCUUUGGGGAUCAAUUGUUCUGGGGAAACUUGAUCGCCUCUCGCGGUCUAGGGCCAAAACCUAUCCCGUACAAAUCCCUUAAUCCCCAAAACCUCGCUGAUGCGAUCCAAUUCUGUCUGAAACCCUCUGCGCAGGCUGCUGCUCGCGAUGUAGCGAGACAAAUGUGUGAUGAGUCGGGAGUCAGUACGGCAGUUGCAUCUUUCCACCGCAAUUUACCCCUCGAUCGUAUGCGAUGCCAUUUGUUAACAUCUGAACCGGCCGUCUGGAAAUUGAAGAAGUCUUCGAAGCCAUUUCAUCUGUCUCGGCUUGCUGCCGAGGUACUAGUUGAGCAUCAUCGUUUGAAAGCAAGUGAUCUGGAACCAUAUGCGAUCCACUCAAUCUUCAUUCAAAAUCGCCGCUGGGAUCCUGUGACAGGUACCACUUCAGCUCUCAUUGGUACCAGCACCGAUAUAGUGAGAUCUACUAGUGAUAUCUUCCUACUGCCGUACCAGGAAUUCCGUCGCCAUCCACAAAGUCCAUCGACAGGUGCCGUGGCCGAAUCUUCCAGUGCAAGAUCUCCUAGUAUUUCAUCCACCGGUGCUUCGUCUAUGAUUACCACCCAUUCCGAGAGACAGUCAAGACUGAAGACCACAGGUUUGGCCGUGGGUGCCUCGAGCAAAAGUUUGGGGAAGACAGUAGGCCAUUUUUACAAGGGAAUGCUCGUCGACAUGCCACUGGCAGCGAGCGAAGGAUUAAGAGCUGUACCAAGACUGUACGGCGACGAGGUCAAAGACCACGGUGAUGUACGGGAUUGGAAGUCUGGGGCGAUGUUUGCUGGCAAGAACUUCACGCAUGGAAUGAGCGAAGGUUUCAGUGGUCUAUUUACUCAGCCUUACAAGGGGGGCCAGCAAGAAGGAGCCAAAGGUGUAAUGAAAGGACUGGCUAAGGGGACUCUGGGGAUGACAACGAAGGUCUCAUCUGCUGCUCUGGGAUUAGUAGCAUAUCCGGCGCAUGGGAUGAUGAAAAGUCUUUAUACUGUUACGCAUUCAGGGACUCGAAAGCGAAUCACAGAAGCUCGGAAGAGAGAAGGGAAAUAUUUAGAAGAGCAUACUGAGAAGGGCCGAGUGGGACGGCAGCUCGUUCUUCGGAGGUUUGAGGCUCAGCAACGGACAGCAACUAGUUCAAGUACCUAG